CCCUAAUAUUGUCUUAUUCAUUCAAUCACCAUUUUUUCCUCUCUUAUUUUCUUCCUACACACACAUAAAUAUAUAUCCAUCUACCUCCGAUCCAUCCUCUUCUCUCCCCCUCUCUCUCUCUCUCUCGAUCACGAUCAAUAUCUAUAGACGAUUAUGGAUCGGGAAGAAUCGACAAACUCAAGCGAAGAAGUGUUGUUAGAUGAAGAAAGCAAGGAAUUGGGCGUUGGGAGAUCGUACGAGUGCGUGUUCUGCAAGAGGGGCUUCAACACUGCACAAGCCCUAGGUGGCCACAUGAACAUCCAUAGAAAAGAUAGACUCAGGAACAAACCUAAUUCCACCAAACAGCCUCAAAGAUUCUACCCAUCAUCCGCGAGCACUCCUCGUCCUUACUUCCCCACUGCUGAUUUAAGUAAUUCAACUUUGUACGAGAGGAACCAGCAGCCAGCGGCCGAUUGGAGGAUGAGGAUGAGCUUGGACUUCACACCGGUCAUCGAUCAUCGGGGCAUGGAGCAGGACAAGGAGUUGGAUUUGGAGCUUCGACUUGGCUAUGAUUCUUGAUUUAGUAUGUACUAGCUAGGAAUCUUGAUGAGCUUUCUAAUAAAGGAAUAUUGUAAUUUGGAGUC